GGAGUAGGCAGAGCGUAGUCAGACGGGCCGGGUCAGGAACAAUCAGGCAGACAAGAUACCAAAGGAGCAGGCUGGAGAGUGGUCAGGAAUAGCUGAGGUCAGGACAGGCGGAGUUCAUUCAGGGUCAGGAUCAAGAAGAAUCAGGAAUCAGGCAGGAAGCAGACAGGAUGCAGCAGGCUGGGCAUCAGGAGCCGGUACAUCAGGCUGAGCAGCGGGCGGAGGCAUGUCAGGCUGGGUAGCAGACAGAGGCAUGUCAGGCUGGGCAGCAGGCAGAGGCAGGCUGGGCAGCAGGCACGUCAGGCUGGGCAGCAGGCAGAGGCACGUCAGGCUGGGCAGCGAGCACCGGGCCAUCAGGCGAGGCAGCGGGCACCGAGUCAUCUGGCACGACAGCGGGCACCAAGUCAUCUGGCACGACAGCGGGCACCGAGUCAUCUGGCACAACAGCGGGCACGAGUCAUCUGGCACGACAGCGGGCACCGAGUCAUCUGGCACGACAGCGGGCACCGGGGCCGGACCACGGGCACCAAGGCACCGGGCCGGGCCACGGGCACCGAGGCACGGGGCCGGACCACGGGCACCGAGGCACCAGGCCGGACUACAGGCACCG